CCCGAGCAGCCGUGCCAGGGAUGGCGCACGUGACGGCUCGGAGGGCGGGAACCGGGAGGUGUUUUCCAGGUUUAAAAGUGCGAGGGCUGCGGCUCCGUCAUUCUUGCCGGGAGCUCCGCUGUGAGACCGCGAUGCGGAGGAGAGCCGGAGUGGGGGACGCGGACUGAAGGAAGGGAUGCCGCUGGCGUUUUUGGCGAUAACUCGGUCAUUUUUAUCCUCUUUAAUCCUUUUUUACACAUUUUAAAAGCAUAUAAGCGCCUUUUCUCUCACUUUCCUCCUCCGAAACGUUCAGUCAGCCCCGGGCUACAGUCCACUGUCCUGUUUUAAUAAACCGCACUGGAAACUCCGGCUGUCUCCGCUCCUCCAAACACCGCGCUGUGACGGGGUGAAUGCCCGCGACUGGCUGCCUGCGGCCGGGUUCAACAGGCGAGUCGAGGCGGUGGUGUGAGCCGGUACCGGGUCUGGAUAAGCGCCGGGAGUUUGAGGUGAAGUUCAGCGCUGAAGCGAGCAUGAAGUCUGCAGAAGAAGAAGCUUUUAGCUACACGCCAAACGUUAGCCUGUCACUGCCUCUGGGAAUGGGUAACCCCUGCCUGGCAUCUCAGUACCACAACCUGCAGACCAGCCCUGUCAUCUCGGUCUCCUCCUGCCACCAGGCGAGCUAUGGGCUCCACGAAAACCCAAUGGCGUCGGGCUACUACCUGUCCCACGGGCUCAGGCCUAACGGGGCACCGCCUCUGGAGAGCCCCCGCAUCGAGAUCACUACUUACGGCCAGAUGUCUGAGGAGGAGGUGGAAGAGAGCAGCACAGUCGACCCCAUGGCCAAGCGGGUCAACAUCGUGACCCUGACCCUCCCCAGCAUCGACGGCUACCGUGACCCCAGCUGUCUGAGUCCAGCCAGCAGCUUGUCCUCUCGCAGCUGCAACUCCGAGGCCUCGUACGAGUCGGGCUUCUACAACUACGACAACUCGCCCCAGAACUCGCCCUGGCAGUCACCCUGCGUCUCGCCCAAAGGCUCCUCAUCCCUGCUGUCCUGCCCUCACGCCCCCGGCUCCGUCCCGUCCCCUCAUCACUCGCCGUCCACCUCUCCACACGGCACCAUAGUCAACGACGACAGCUGGACCGGGGCUGUCCCUCGCAAUUCUCGCCCCAGCUCGCCGGUCUGCACUGUCGGAAGCCACGGCAAGAGGAAAUACAGCUUCAACGGCGCCCCCUACAGGCAGCCAUCAUAUUCACCCAACCAGUCUCCUGGCGCUUCACCACAGGGCUCACCCAGGCUCAGCGGGGUCGAAGAGGCAUGGCUAGGCUCCACCACCAACCAGUACACCAACUCAGCCAUCGUAGCUGCCAUCAACGCCCUCAGCACGGACGGCCUAGCAGAAAUCGGCGAAGGCGUGCCCCUCAAAUCCCGCAAAACCAACCUGGACCACAAUGCUGCCAUGAGCCUGAAGGUGGAGCCAGGUGGAGAUGAGAUGGCCUCCAGCACGGAGCUCUGCCAGGAGGACUACUCCAACAGCAGCCGAACGCCUUUCAAGAAGGAGAGCUACUGUGCGGGAUUCCUGGACGUGCCUCCACAUCCCUACUCCUGGCCCAAACCCAAGCCGUACAUCAGCCCGUCUCUGCCGGCACUUGAUUGGCAGCUGCCGUCCUGUUCGGGCCCCUACAGCCUGCAGAUUGAAGUGCAGCCCAAAUCCCACCACCGAGCGCACUACGAGACGGAAGGCAGCCGAGGAGCAGUGAAAGCCUUGUCAGGAGGACACCCUGUGGUGCAGCUCUACGGUUACAUGGAGAGCGAGCCCUUGACGCUCCAGCUGUUUAUUGGCACGGCAGACGACCGGCUCCUGCGCCCGCAUGCCUUCUACCAGGUCCACCGCAUAACUGGCAAGACCGUCUCUACCGCGAGCCACGAAGCCUUGCAGUCUAACACCAAGGUGCUGGAGAUACCUCUGCUGCCUGAGAACAACAUGCGCGCCAUAAUUGACUGUGCUGGAAUCCUGAAGCUUCGCAACUCCGACAUUGAGCUGAGGAAAGGCGAGACAGACAUCGGUCGGAAGAACACUCGGGUCCGGAUGGUAUUCCGCGUCCAUAUCAACCAGCCCAAUGGCAGGACGUUAUCUCUUCAAGUGGCAUCUAACCCCAUAGAGUGCUCCCAGCGCUCUGCCCAGGAGCUGCCUCUUGUGGAGAAGCAAAGCCUGGACAGUUAUCCAGCCACAGGAGGCAAGAGGAUGCUCCUGAGCGGCCACAACUUCCUGCCCGACUCCAAGGUCAUGUUCGUGGAGAAGGCCCAAGAUGGGCAUCAUGUGUGGGAAACAGAGGCCAAAGUCGACAAGGACUCUGUUAAGUCUACUUCGCUGGUGAUAGAGAUUCCACCCUACCGAAAUCAGCGAAUAGCCAGCUCUGUACCCGUCAGCUUCUACGUCUGCAACGGCAAGAGGAAGAGGAGCCAGUACCAGCGCUUUACUUACCUGCCCCCAAACGUACCUAUGAUAAAAACGGAGCCAACUGAUGACUAUGAGGGUGCUCCGAGAAUGCCCAUGCACUCGAAGCCCUUCUACAGCCAACAGAGACUGCCUCCCAUGAUGCCUUUGGGCGACUCUGACUCCUGCAUGGUGGGCAACUACUCCCCCUGCCCUCCCCGCCCCGCCGCCAUGCCUUGCUCCUCCCCCGGCUCCAGCCCUAAGCUUCACGACCUGUCACCUGUCCCCUUUCCCAAGUGCCUAAGCAGCAGCCCCACUCAGUCCACGGUGCCUGGUGGUGUGGCUUCUCUACAAGACACACCUGCACUCCCCAGUCUGGCUCUGCCCAGCUCCCCUGACCACACCUCCCUCAACAUGCCCCACCCCCAAGGCAGUCCACACCUGAGCAGCCCCUCCUACCAUCCUCUCUACCCCAGCAGUAGCCCUUCCUCCUCCCCCACCUCCCACCCUUCCACGCCCGGCGCUGCCACAGAAAGCCCAUACCUGCCCCCUUUUGGGUCGGCCCAGCCACGAGGAAGCCCGCCCAGCCUGUUGGCGGAGGACAGUAGCUCCCCUGCGCUGUCCGUCACCAUCAAACAAGAACCACAGGAGCUCGACCAGAUGUACCUGGAUGAUGUCAAUGAGAUUAUCAGGAACGACCUGUCCAGCACUUCGGCUCACGGUCACUCGUAGACGGCCGCGGAGAGACGCCUGACGAAACGAAGGGACCAAGACGUCUUCCCUCUGAUCCCGAGCUCCCCCGGACAGCGAGUCCUGACAACUCGACAAGAAAAAACUCCACAGCUACAACUCGACUGAAUGUUUCACAUGAAAGGCCUUAAACUCAACGAGGUGUGGAAAAGCACCACCAGUGACUGUUCCUUUACCUUCACUUACAGUUUUUUUAUUAUUAUUUUUCUUUUUUCUUUUUUUUUUGCUCUUGCCUUAAAGAAAAAGAACUUUUGCUCUGUUGUGGACCAAGAUCUCCCAUCCCAGAGACUCUUCCUCCUCUUCUCGUCUCUUCUUGAUAUGUGAUAUGUACUGGCAUUCAGGACCAAGGCUGUUUGACAGGGUCAGAAUGAUGUAGAGUAGCAGAAACGUCCUAACCGCUUCGUCAUCAUACGGGAUACAGGAUACUGCAGUGCCUUGCUGCGAGCACAAAACCAGGAUGCAAUUCUUGCCAUUCUUCCUUUAUUUGCCUCUUUUUUUUAUACCUUUUUCCAUUCAGUCACUCAUUUGUUUACAGUAAAUAUGAAAGGCUGGAAAUGUGUAGGAAUGUGUGAAUAAAGUAGAGCAGUGUUUA